AUGUCUUCUCCACUGGUAUCAUGUUUCUUUUCACUACUCAUCUUACUUGUAAUUCAUCGAAUUCAUUGUACAAAUGUUAGUUUUGUUCCACAACCAAUUUACAUAACAAUCGCUGAUCUUCCACAACCUUUCGCUACAUCGUCUGCUUCUAAAGGACCUCGAAUCAUUCCUGUGCCAACAGAUCCUCUCCUCUACGUUCCUGAUGGAUUUACGGUGAAGUUAUAUAUGAGUGGACUUGUAUCACCACGUUAUCUUAUCUAUACACCUACAAAUGAUAUCCUCGUUAGUGAAUCAAAUACUAACAGAAUUUCAUGUCUCGUAGAUAAUGAUCAAGAUGGUUAUCCAGAUCAACGUUUAACAUUUGCUGAUGCAUCUAAUGGACUUAAUUAUCCAUUUGGUAUGGCUUUCGCUAAUGGAUAUUUUUAUGUGGGUAAUCGAGAUGUUAUUCGACGCUAUGCUUGGACUUCUGGAAGUCGACAAAUUACAGGUACGGGUGAAAUAAUAAUGAAUUAUGCUUCAAAUGGUCAUUCGACACGAACUAUUGUUAUAUCACCUAACGGUGAUCGAAUGUUUGUUAGUAUUGGUUCAGCAUCCAAUGUCGAUGUGGAUUCAUUACCACGAGCGUCUGUUCAACAAGCAAAUCUCGAUGGUAUUAAUCAAACAACAUUUGCUUAUGGCCUUCGAAAUGCUGUCGGUUUAGCGUUUCAUCCAAUUACUAAUGAUCUCUAUACAACCUGUCAAGAACGAGAUGGACUUGGUGAUGAUCUCGUACCUGAUUAUUUUACACGUAUUCAACAAAAUGAUUUUUAUGGAUGGCCUUUUGCUUAUAUGAGUGCAAACUUGACUGAUCCGAGACGGCGUCUAAAUAACGGAACAAGUGAACGACCUGAUUUAGUAUCACUUACACGAACACCUGAUGUUCUUUUUCAAGCUCAUUCAGCUGUACUUGAUAUGAGAUUUUAUACAGGCAAUCAAUUUCCUAGUCGAUAUCGAAAUGGUGUUUUUGCAGCAUUUCACGGUUCAUGGAAUAGAAAUAAUGGAACUGGUUAUAAAAUUAUCUUUAUUCCAUUUAACAAUAAUACGAAUCGACCGAUGGGCCACUAUGAAAAUUUUGUUGAUGGAUUUCUAAUCAAUCCACCUGGACCUGAUACAUUUGGAAGACCAGUCGGAAUACUUAUUAUGAAAGAUGGAAGUCUAUUAUUUUCCGAAGAUGGCAAUAACUGCAUUUAUCAAGUCCAUGCUCGUAUCAUGAAUACAGAUAAUCUUGGCGUUAAUGGACCGGGUGUUGGUGUUACCAACGAUCUAUAUGGUCAUCAUCACCUUACUCAUCCUCAUCUACUUCCACCUCAUCAUUCACAACAUCCAUCGACAAUCUAUUGUUCUUCAUCAAACCCUUAUACGGAAUUAUUUUCUCCAUUUUCAACUGAUUUUGUAACACCUCACGAUACUGGUACGAAUACUAAUGUACCAACUGAUUAUCUCACAUUACCAAAUUCUCUUGAUUAUGUUGUUUCACAUCAUCAUAAUCAUCAUCAUCAUCAUCAUCAACAACAACAACAUCUUCAUCAUAUGACUAGUUCUUCAAAUGGAGAACGAACAUCAUCAUCUGUUGGUACUGGUAUUAAUGGUUCUGAUGUAUCUCCAUCUCAUUCGUUUGCUACAAGUAGUGGUUAUUCAUCAUCAGCUGAUUAUUAUAAUACAUCAAUACUUAACUCUAAAACAGGUCUCAAUAAUACAAAUACAUCAAAUACAACAACAACUAAUAAUAACAAUACAUCAACAACAAGCACAAAUAGUCAUAGUCCAUAUGAUGGUACAUCAACAGCAAGCACAUCAUCACCACCACAGUCAACAGCAUAUUUAACUACAGCAGUUAAACAAGAAACAAUGAUGCCAACCCCUUUUGCCAUCGAUCCGCAUAGAAAUGUUAAUGGAACAACAUCGGCGACUAGUACUAAUAGCACAAACAAUAAUAAUAAUCCCAAUUUCGGUCUUAGUGUUGAUGAAUAUGGUUCUCCAUUAUAUCAUCCAUCGGCAGCUAAUGCUUAUUCAUCAUAUUCACCAACAGGUCUGUUACAAGCAUCUUAUCCAGUUGUACCUUAUGGUGUAUCCCAUGCUGAUCAAAUGCGAUUGUAUAAUUCACAAUUAAAAAAUGAGUUUGGUAUCGAUAUGCGUUUUAAAUUAGUUGGCAAUCAACGAGUUUCACCAAACGCUGAUGUAUCUCCAUCACAAUUAUGUGCUGUUUGUCAAGAUUCAGCUCAAUGUCAGCAUUAUGGUGUUCGAACUUGUGAAGGAUGCAAAGGAUUCUUCAAACGAACAGUACAAAAGAAUGCUAAAUAUGUAUGUUUGGCAGAUAAAAAUUGUCCAGUUGAUAAGCGACGUCGAAAUCGAUGUCAAUAUUGUCGAUUUCAAACAUGUCUUGCUGUUGGCAUGGAUAAAGAAGUUGUUCGGACAGAUGCGUUAAAAGGUCGUCGUGGUCGUUUACCGUCAAAACCUAAAAGUCCGAGUACAAGACAACCAAAUAGUUUUCAAACUCAAUUUUGUCGUUUCUAUAAUGAUUCCAUACCAAAUCCGGCCAGUCUUGAUUUUAGCAAAUUGAAUUAUCGAACAGUGACAAAUAAAGAAAGUUUAUGUGAAGAAAAAUUACUUGUUUAUGAUGCACUCAUACGUUCAUGCGAUAUAAUUAAACAAUGGGUUGAUAAAUUUUCAUUAUUUUAUUCUAUACAAAAUAAUGAACGUGAUCGUCUUUAUUCAAAUUGUUUAUUAGAACAAAUUGUAUUGCGUACAGCAUCACGUCUUGAUGGUGAUCGUGUUAUAUUAUGUUCAGGUAUUGUUGUACAUAAAGUACAAAUAAAUUAUUUACUUGGUGAUGUUGCACAACAAAUAUAUGAUUAUGCAUCCACAUUAAAACUUCAAAAAAUUGAUUCAAUCAUUGCAGCAACACUUGCAUCAAUUCUAUUACUUGAUUCAAAUAAUCCUGAUUAUGUUUAUCAUCGAACACCAUUAUCAUCAACUGUUACUGAACUUUAUCAAAAAAUAGUUGAUUCUUUGAAAGACUAUUUAAAACAACAACAUGAAGAUAGUUCUGUUUAUUUACAAUUAUUAGAACGACUAAAUGAUGUUAGACAUAUUGCACAUAACUUAAGAAAACGUUUGUCACUUUAUCGACAUUCAACUGGAUUAACAAAUUCAAUGAAUACAUUACUUGAUUUAGUACUUGAAUGUAAACCAAUAUCGACCGAUUUACAAACAAAUGAAGAUAAUACAACGUUACCAUUUAUUCAAUAUGAUCUAUAA